CCGCCGCCCCAACCGCCGCAAAUCGCCAUCGAUUUCAUCCCCGACUUCGGCGGAUCCUCAUGGAUCGCGUACGGCGCCUCCUCGCUCCUCGUCAUCUCCCACUUCCCUUCUCCCCUCAACGAUUCCGAAACCCUAAUUGGCCCCUCCUUCCAACAAGUCAUUGAUCCUAUUGCUUCUCCCUCUUGCUCGACCGCCGACGACAUCGUCGCCGUCCGCUGGAGCAGCGCUCGCCCCUCCGACGGAGAGAUCACGGCUGCGGUCGGGGAUUGCGUGUUCUUGUUCUGUCCUGACUCGGCUACUGCAUCAGGGUCAUUCUGCUGGAGACAGACUGCAAGCCUCCUACAGUCUUCUGAAGUAGAGGCCAUUGAAUGGACAGGUUCUGGUGAUGGGCUAAUUGCAGCUGGUACUGACGUGGUUGUUUGGAAAAGAAAGAAUACAUCAUGGGAAAUAGCAUGGAAGUCAAAAGCUGAUAUUCCUCAAGCUCUGGUUUCUGCAACCUGGUAUGCUGAAGGACUCAUUGCAACAGCUGCAAACUUAUCAGUUUGCUGUACUGAUAUAAAUUCCAAUUGUUCUUUUUUUAGAGAAGAUUGUGCUCGUGUAUCAGUUUAUCAUAGUGAUGGAAGAUCUGGGUCUGUGAAGGUUCUAUUGUGCCAUCCUCAGCCUGUUACCAUGAUUCAAUGGAGGCCCUCCACCAUAACACGGUCAAGUGAAGAUUUUCCAGAUUCAUGGAGGGAUGUGCUGUUAACAUGUUGUUCAGAUGGAACAGUAAGACUGUGGAGCGAAAUUGACAAUGGCAGAACUAGGAAAUACAACAAGGGCACACAUGAACACAAGAGUGCCAGAUGUUCUUUCCACGUUGGUACUGUAAUUGAAAUGAACCAGAGCUUGGGCGGAACUCUUGGCAAGGACAUAUUCAUAGAGUGGGUAAUAGAACUUGGCAGUGUAAUUUCUAAAUUAGAAGGAGAUAGUUACUGUCUAUCAUCAGCUAGUUUGGAACAGGAUCAGAUUGGCAAGUGUGAGUGGUUGAUCAGUGUAGGACCCACGCACACUCUUACUUUCUGGGCGAUCCAUUGCCUGGAUGACAUGAAUCCAUUACGAUUUCCACGGGUGACUUUGUGGAAGAAACAAGAUUUAAAGGAUUUUAGGUCAUACAACCUUUCCGAUACUGACUGCUCAAAUGUCAAAGAUCAAUCUAUCCUUAUAAAAGCUGUUGCUUUGAGGAAUCGGAUGUUUGGCCCUCCAGUUGAAUGCUCCUUUGUUCAGUUGUUACCCAAUAAUUCAGUAAGUUGGUCACAGUUAUAUAGCCCAACCAAGACUUCUGAGAACAGAUCCUUGGGUCAAAUCAGUAAGGAGAAAAGUCUAUCACAUUUUGCAGGUGGAGUUCUAAAUCAAGACGGGCAUACAGGCAUCAUUCUGGAACUCUCUAUUCAUCCAUACUGUGAAAUUGAGCUUGCUGCAUCAUUGGAUUCACACGGGGUUCUUCUCUUCUGGUCCCUUCCUACGAUUUCCAAUUGGACCUUGGGCAUGCAAAUGCUUGGUCCUACGUGGAAACCGAUAGGAAGAAUCAGCUCACAAGAUUUGUGCAAUGGUGCCAAAUAUUCUAGUUUGAGGUGGGCACCUUCAGUUUUGGAUGAUAACUUGUUUCUACUUUUAGGAUAUAUUGACGGAAUUGAUUGUUUUCUAAUUAAACUUGUGGAAAAAGGAAAGAAGAUCUUAUGCAAUAAAGUUUUCACGGUUCCAUUUGCGAGUCAUAGCCAUGGGGAAGGUCCACCAGAUCAACUUUCUGUUAUACCUUUACCUUCCAGCUGUGGGCGAUCAUUUCUUUCUAAUGGCUUCUUGCUGUUUGCGAUAUGGACAAAGAAAUUACAGGCCUUAUCAUGGAAAGUCAUAUUGCACUGUGCAGAUCCAUCUGGAAGCAGUUGUGGAUGUAGCUCUGUUCUGGGAAAUAUUGCUGUUUCUGGAAAGGACAGGUUGAUAACUUCUGCGGGAAAAUUCUAUGCCACCGUUGAUUUGGGUUCAUCACUAUUUCCAGAUGAACACAAUUUAGACCAUAUUAUCAGUAUUUCUGUAACUUCUCCAAAUAUGCUGUCUGUUCAACAGCGCAUAGCAUCCUAUGAUGUUCCAUGCAGUAAGUAUCAUAUGGCUACAGGCUGUUCUGAUGGGACUGUAAAACUUUGGAAAAUGGUUCAUGCGGAAUCGAGCAAUUCUGAGCUCAAGUUCCUUCCUUGGGAGCUUGUGGGUAUAUUCGCUGCACAUGAAGGCCCAGUUAGUGCAGUUUCUCUGUCGUGUUGUGGUGGUAAAGUUGCGACUGUCAGUAUGAAUGAUAGAAACAGUACCACCAGUCUCCAUAUCUGGGAGCCAAUAUGCCUGAUAAGUGGUGGGGAUUUUCUCUUAGAAGAUGCAAUAUCCUUGAUUGGGCCUGUUACUGGUUUAAGCUGGUUAUCCAUAGGGAAUGGCCAUUUGCUGCUUGCUGUCUGUUUGCCAAAUGAAUUACACCUGUAUUCAGAGAAGAGAACCGAUCUAUUUCAGGAAAGAUCAGGAAAGUCCAGAGAGAUGCAAAUUUGGUGCUGUAUAGCACUAUCCCAUACUUAUCCUGCUUCUCGUGACUUUUCAUGGGGACCUAAGGUGACUCCUGUGCUUAUUCAUGACAAGUAUUUUUCUCUCUUAAGUCAGUGGUUAUUUAUAGCAGAAAAUGGAAAUCUUCAAGAGGACAAGGGGAGAUUUGUUGGUGCAAUGGAUCAAAGCAUAAAUUUUCCUAUUUUUUCAGAAAGUGACAUUUAUGAUACUAAAAUAUCAUUGAAAAAGGGUAACAAGGAGAAUGGCGUAGAUAUCAGCACUUUAUUUCCGGAAAGGUUUCAAGCACACUCAAAUUUUGGUUCUGCUUCAGGAAUCAGGAUACAUAAUCUGCUAGAUUUAGCAGAUAGAUUGUGUGAAACAUUGCCAAUCCAUCACCCCAUGUCACUUCUUCAGCUUAUGUAUUCAGGUAACUGGAAACGCGUAUAUGUUGUUCUGGAACAUCUUGUUGAUGCUAUCAAAACUGCUGAUGCUUCUGCAACAUCUUCGGUUACCAGUAAAUCUGGAGAACAUUAUUGUUAUGUUCCACAGAUUGAUUUAUCUAGCUAUUUCAAAGAAAUUGUCCCUACAGAGUUGUACAAUAAGGGCUUACAGUGGGGCCAAGAGAUCACUUCAGGAACAUCUACUUUGUUUUUUCAAAAUCAAGGUUUUCAGUUUGCUGAUGAUAGUUCGAGCAAUAAAGCUUCUGCAAAUUUUUCUUCUGCCACCUCACAAAAAUAUGAAAUUGUGGAUUUCAUUGGAAGUAUAGAGAAGUCCCCUGAUAUUAAGGCUUUAAGAAACAUUGAGAGAACCCAGCUCCUUGCAAUCGUUGAUCUUCUUGGUGAACUCAAGGAAUCAACCUAUUCUUCUGCAUAUGAUAGUCUUGAUAAACCUGGACGAAGGUUCUGGGUUGCAGUGCGAUUUCAGAGUCUGUAUACUUUACGGAAGUUUGGAAGAUUGUCUGCAGAAGGACCUGUCAGCUCUAGGUUGCUUGCAUGGGCCUUGCAGUCUGAUUGUCAUGACAAUCUUUUAGGCUCUCUUUUGUCUUCUAAUCCAUCUUGGCCUGAAAUGCGGAGCCUGGGCGUUGGAUUUUGGUUUACCAAUGCAUCUCAAUUGCGGACAAGGAUGGAAAAGCUCGCAAGAUCUCAAUAUCUAACAAGAAAGGAUCCCAAGGACUGUGCACUUCUAUACUUGGCAUUGAAUAGACUUCAAGUUUUGACUGGCCUAUUUAAAAUCAGCAAAGAUGAAAAGGACAAACCGCUAGUUGGAUUUCUUUCACGCAAUUUCCAGGAGGAAAAAAAUAAAGCUGCUGCAUUGAAAAAUGCCUACGUUCUAAUGGGAAGGCAUCAAUUGGAGCUUGCUGUAGCAUUUUUCCUUCUUGGAGGUGAUUCAUCUUCGGCAGUCACCGUCUGUGCAAAAAACCUUGGAGAUGAACAACUUGCUCUUGUAAUUUGCCGAUUGAUUGAAGGACAAGGUGGUCAACUAGAACGUCAGUUAAUAUCGAAUGUCUUGAUUCCUAAUGCUGUUGAAAAGGAAGAUUUCUGGCUGGCUAGCCUGCUUGAAUGGGCAUUAGGGAAUUAUUCUUGCUCCAUCACUAAGUUACUUGAUUCUCGGGAGGGGCAACGGACUCAGAAGUCUGCUGUAUCCAACUUUUCUGCCUUUUUAGACCCGGAUAUUGGACAGUACUUUAUAACUUUAGCAUCUAAAAAUAAUAUGAAAAAUUCUUUAGGAGUUAUGGUGCUAUCUAAAUUAGCAACACUGAUGUCUGCAAAGGCCUUCAACAGAUGUGGAUUUCCUCUUGAAGCGCUCGAGUGCUUUUCCUCUUCUUUGAGUGUUGGGAGCAAUGACCGAGGUCUGUCGGACAUUGAACCUCACAUGAUUUUUCACAGAAUACUGAGACCUUUCUCUACUAGUGAUUGCAAUUGGUUGCUAUCAGGCAUAGCUGAUGCUUUAGAGUUAAAUGCUAAGUUGGGCAUGUCAAUGCAAUUCAUUUCAAAAUUGCUAAAGGAUCAUCCAAGCUUCCCCCUCGAUGAUUUAUCGUCCUGUGAAAAGUUAGCCUUUCAUGAACAUGAUGAUUAUCAAGAUGAAAAGCAAGUAUAUGAAUGCACACAUAAGCUGCACUCAGCAAUCUCCAUAUUUGAGCAGAAGUACUUAGUCGAAUCAGUUGACCUAGCCAACAUGAUCCUAGUCUUUGUGAGUAAUAAGGGACUGCUUUUUCAUGGCUACCUGUUGUUGCAUGGCAACAACCCUAAGGGGCAUGACAGUAAGCAUGAUAGAAAACAUAGUUCUAUAUUAGAUUCUGCUCUAUGGAGGUUUCUUUUAAAGGCAUGCCGAGAGAUAUCAAUUGUAUUUUCUCGGUAUAUUGUAUGUUGCAAUUUAACUGAUUCAAUAUUGAAGCUUGUUUAUCAAAAGAAUUUCACAUCUGAAAAUAGAAGCUAUUCUCAGAGGGAGUUUUGCUUAAGGAGUGUAAUAUCGUCUAUGAGGACCAUUAGACGAUUUCUGAAGCUUUGUGGUUUUCAUGAAGGUCUUUGUUUGAGAAUUUCUCCUGUCCUUGAUCUUUUUGAAUACUGUGUGCUUCUUGCUUUAAGAUGGCUUAGUAGAAACGUCGAAGGACUGAUUGUGAUGGCCGAAACAAUCUUAAAUUUACCUAUCAAUCAUCAGUCCUUAUUUGAGGUUCGAUCAGGUGAGCUCAUGAACGCUCUAAGACAAUCCUCAGAUUGGAUGGUUCAUGAUCUGUUGGAUGUUGGAGCUUCAACAAAGGGGCAACUUCAACAAAGUGAGACCUCAAUCCUCUCCAUAGCGGAUGAUGAAAUGUGGCCGCUAAUAGGAGUUUGUUUGUGGAUUCACCUAUCAGGUUUUGCAAAUCACCAGUUGAGCAAAGUUCCGGAAAAAGAGCUGAUUGAAGGGAGCACUAUAAUGGAUCUGAUGAAUGAGCUUCCAGUGCUUGUUGCUGAGUUAUAUGUAGAUUCAAUGUCUUAUUUAUCUUCUUCAUUAUCAAGACAGCUUGCAUCCUUUAUUAGACAAAAAAUAUCUAAAGGUUUACCUGUUACUUCGUUUGUUUGGCUGGAGGAACUGAGUAACAAUAAAUCAAGUUCCUUGCAUAAUUUUUCAGACAAAAAAGUUGGUUCCUUGGAACUGACUGGCGAGGAGGAAACGAUGUCCCUGUUGCACAAAUUGUGGGAAAUUUCUGUCUGCCCUGCCAAUGUUUGUGAGAAUUUUGUGAGUCAAAGAAUUGUUUGCUUCCCCUAUAGAAACCAAAAGUUCUCUGGUUGUUGGAAAGAUUUACAGAGAGGUGCACCUGCUGAUGAUGAAAACGAUAUUUCGCCAAGCUGUAAAGCGCAAGGCAGUAUUAGCAACAAUAGACCCGUCAGGGGACAGGAUUCAACAUCUAAUAAUAGUUCAACAACAGAUGCCCUUUUGGAAACUGCAAGAAGAAGAAGUCCCCACAGUGAUAUCAGUUCAUUCCACAACUCAAUAGAAGUACUUAAGAGAAGUGGGGAACUACUAGAGGCAAUUUGUUUCAAUUCUAUUGAUGAGCAUCAGGUUGCGGUUGCAAGUAAUCGGAAGGGGCUUCUCUUCUUCAACUGGAAAACUGAGAAGCAAUUCAGAGAAAAAGCAGAAUACCUCUGGUCAGAAUCUGAUUGGCCACAAGAUGAGUGGGGUGGCUUUGAAUGUAAGCCUGUUCCUACACAUAGUUCUCAAGGCAUUGGUCUUGUUAACAAAAGUGGGUCACACCUCGGGUUGGGUGGAGGAACUGUAGGCUUGGGCUCAUUAGCAAGACCAGGCAUGGACUUUACCGGUGGUGCAGCAUUUGGGAUACCAGGUUAUGCUGGUAUAGGAGCUGCAGGCUUAGGUUGGGAUGAUCAAGAAGAUUUUGAGCUUGUUGACCCUCCAGCAACAGUUUCAAACAUAAGCACAAAAGCCUUAUCUCAUCAUCCAUGUAGGCCUUUCUUUUUGGUUGGGUCAAGCAAUACACAUAUUUAUCUCUGGGAGUUUGGGAAGGACAAAGCUGCAGCAACCUAUGGUGUUCUCCCUACAGCCCAUGUCCCUCCACCUUAUGCGCUUGCAUCUGUUUCUGCCUUGCAAUUUGACCAUUGCGGACACAGAUUUGCUUCAGCUGCAUUAGAUGGAACUGUAUGCACAUGGCAACUUGAGGUCGGAGGAAGGGGCAAUGUGUGGCCUACAGAAUCAUCCUUCUGUUUUAGUAGUCAUGCAUAUGAUGUUGCGUAUGUGGCUGCAAGCGGAUCAAUUCUUGCUGCAGCUGGACACAGCUCCAAUGGUGUUAGUGUUGUUGUAUGGGACACACUGGCACCUUCCGUCACUUCUCAAGCUUCAAUUGUGUGUCAUGAAGGUGGUGCACGCUCUCUAUCCGUCUUUGAUAAUGAUAUUGGAAGCGGCUCUAUUUCACCAUUAAUCGUCACAGGAGGGAAAAAUGGUGAUGUUGGGGUUCAUGACUUUCGUUUCAUUGCAACUGGGAAGACCAAGCGUAAUAAAAAUUCUAGUCAACAGGACUUAAAAUCUGGUGCCACUCAUGAUAAUGGGAUGCUCUGGUAUAUACCAAGGGCUCAUUUAGGAAGUAUUACCAAGGUAGCAACCAUCCCAGAUACAAGCCUGUUCUUAACUGGCAGCAAAGAUGGCGAUGUGAAGCUUUGGGAUGCGAAAAGAUGUCAAUUAGUUUUCCGUUGGCAGAAGAUGCAUGAUAGACACACUUUUCUUCAGCCAAACUCUAGAAGCAUUGGUGGAGUUGUCAGGGCUGCUGUCACCGAUAUCCAGGUGUUUUCUCAUGGUUUUCUCACAUGCGGUGGUGAUGGUUCUGUGAAGCUUGUAAAGCUGAAAUGACUACUAAAAAUUUACGAGGAGUAAAUUUCUGUAGGGGAGCUGCUUCAAAAAUUUACGAGGAGUAAAUUUCUGUAGGGGAGCUUCUUCUGAUUUCAUUUGGUUCAGUUUUGACGCCUCAGACUUAAAUUGCAGAGAUACUAGAUUUAUUGAGUGCCUAUUUGCCACGAGUCUAUAAUAGUGCACCUCUGUGUGCUGAGGAGCUAGUUUUGACCGCAUCAUGUAAAGUAGUAAGCUACACCGAAGAAAGGGUAUAAAUAAGAGAUGCAAAUUUCUACUGUUAUCAUGUAUAUUUUGUAGUCCUUUUUCACUUGCAUUCAUAGCCCCAGGCCCAAAUUUCUUGUAGAUUUUCUCCGUCUAUGUUAUAUGUAUGCGUACAUUAUUCAUUACAUCAUUCUUUACAUGGAAAUUGUAUAUACACUUUUUAAGCUUUCUGCUUCUCAAUUUAUAUAAAUGUAUAUAUACAAAUGAUGACUUUGAAACA